GGAUAUGACAUGGGGCAGUAUAAGCAGGAGAGGAGUGUGGAGGGUACGACAUGGGGCAGUAUAUGUAGGAGAGGAGUGUGGAGGGUACGACAUGGGGCAGUAUAUGCAGGAGAAGAGUGUGGAGGAUAUGACAUGGGGCAGUAUAUGCAGGAGAAGAGUGUGGAGGAUAUGACAUGGGGCAGUAUAUGCAGGAGAGGAGUGUGGAGGGUACGACAUGGGGCAGUAUAUGAUGGAGAAGAGUGUGGAGGGUAUGACAUGGGGCAGUAUAUGCAGGAGAGGAGUGUGGAGGGUAUGACAUGGGGCAGUAUAUGCAGGAGAAGAGUGUGGAGGGUAUGACAUGGAGCAGUAUAUGCAGGAGAAGAGUGUGGAGG